AUGUUCGCUGCAUUUGGAAAUAUCGGCGUUCUGCCCCCUCCAACAGACACAUCACCACGAGUUAUUCCCUCUCCGACACCUGUCAAUUUCCCUCGAUGCUCGCCACAAUCAGACGAGAAAGUCUCUCGAGAACUGCAAGAUAUCUCGCUAGUCAGCUUCCUCCAGACUAUUCACAGGGCGACCGACAUCAAGCUCUCGCACCUGGAGGCUGUCGGGGUGCACGUGGUCUCGGAUGUAUCUCCACAAGACCUCCUCCCGGACGCCAGCUACCUGCCUCCACUUGAGAAGUGGAAUGAGAUAGCAGUAGAAGAUCUCCUGGAGUCCAAUGAAGCUACACGGCAACCUCUGAGCAAUGGUCACCUCUCACCUGGCGUCCAAACCUAUCGAGAACGCCAAAAGGAGUUGCUCACAGAUAACACCGCAGCCUUCAGGACAAUCAGACGCAUACCAGCCCCAACUGGAGAGACAGCUGCCCGUCUAGGAAACGCUUACGAAUUCUUCAAGAAUUUAGAAUUCUUCUCGGGUUACUGGCCCGACACCUCGCGUUCACAACAGCCAGAACAGUCCGAGACUGAUUUUCCGGAAGAGGUCGUCGAGAGAGAGACACAUGAUGUACCAGAUCACAUGAAAACUCACGUUCCGUCCGGAAACGGUGCCCAACUCCCCCCAGACUACCGCCAGAAUCUUCUCACAGCGUUUGUCAAGCUUGUUGCCUAUGAUUUUGGUUGCAACGUUUCUUAUCCUCGAACAGAGCCACGCUUACACCUUACCCCUUCGCCCGCGCCGCCGGCGAAGUCGACACCUCCCCCUUUCUACUUCAAUUCAUCAGUGACAUUUGUCUACCGCAUGCCAGUUGAGCGGUCAGCGGCCCGAGCUGGCAUAGUCGAAGGGCCAGUCGCGACCCUCUCCGCCCGAGCGAGCACAGUCUUCAGCAAUCCCUCUGACGAAAUUCUCGACCUAGCCCGUGAGGUGGUUGGCGUGCUUCUCACAGCGCAACACCGCUCCCGGGAAGGCAAAACCGAGAAGCGCUUUGGCGAUGCGAAAUGGUGGACUACCACGCCGCGAUGGGGAGGCGGGUCUGGUGGGCCAAUCGGACGGGAAGGGGACAAAGCUGAGGAGGCGGCUAUUGCGCUGGCUUCUGGCGUUCCUGAGAAACUUCCUAGCACUGGUGAGGACAUCCCUGGCGUCAAGAUCGCAAAUGAGGUUAAGAAGCAGAUUGGAGGCUUGAAUGGUCCAAGUCCGCCCAAGCGCAGUAAGAAAGCAGGGAAGGAGAGUGCAAUGAUGGCCGUCUACGAGAACUAUCGCAAGUUGAAUCCACCAUCGGCAACAUGGGAUCGUAGGGCUCGAUACUCAGCUAUCGGAAAGGUGGCAGGCAAAGGCUACGACGACAUUUUUCUGAUGAGCGCACUCAAUCACCAUGUCUCAAUUGUGCGAGCGAGAGUUAGCGAAAAGCUGCUUAGCGUGCUUGAGGGCGGUACAGAAAACGAGUGGGACAGGCUGGAGAUCAGGAGGACGAAGUGGUAUGACAUGUAUCUGAAAGGUGAUAGGGUUGAGGCGAUGGGUUGUGUAUGGGGCGUUAUGGCUUGGUUGAUGCGGAAGGUUGAGAAUUCUGGUGCUGCGAAAACUACUGGUGCAGAUGUAUCUGAGGUGGAGAAGAUGGAUUUAAGCUAG